AUGGAGAAUUUCAUUCAAGUAGCUGAAGGAUUAAUAUUCAAGUACGAAUGGUUGAAGUUUGAUGCAUUAGUCCUACCACUGAGCUUCCCAUAUGGAGGAAUGGAAAACCCAAACAUUACAUUUGCUACUCCUACAUUAAUAAGCAAAGAUAGAUCACAAGUUAAGGUUAUGGCGCAUGAAUUGGCUCAUUCUUGGCUGGGUAAUUUGGUUACAAAUUGUUCAUGGGAACAUUUUUGGCUAAACGAAGGAUGGACAGUUUAUUUAGAAAGAAGAAUAAUUGGGGGAGUAGCAGCUGCUGAAGCUAAAUCCUUAGGUGAAAAUGAAGCAGUCGAAUAUGGAGAAAAAAGGAGACACUUUGCUGCUAUUGUUGGUUGGAAUUCGUUAGUUGAUUCUGUUAAAACUUUAGAACCAAAGUAUACAUCAAUAGUUUGGAAUCUUAAAGAUGGAUCAGAUCCAGACGAUGCAUUUUCCCGUAUUCCUUACGAAAAAGGCUUCAAUUUCCUAUUUUACAUUGAGCAACAAGUCGGGGGUACCAAAGAGUUUGAUCCAUUCAUCCCAUACUACUUCAAAAAAUUCCGUUAUGAAUCAUUAGAUACCUAUCAAUUCAUAGAUACGUUAUAUGAAUUCUUUGAACCUCGUGGAAAAGCGGAAAAGCUAGAUGCAAUUGAUUGGAAAGGUUGGAUAUUUGGUGAAGGAUUACCACCUAACAUCCCACGAUUUGAUACCAGUUUAGCGGAUGAAUGUUAUAGAUUAGUAGAAAAAUGGACUGAUUUUGCCAAGUCUAAUUCAACAGAUCUUUCUGAAUUUGAUGAAUCUAGAGAUAUUGGGAAUUUUGAACCAGAUCAACAUAAACUUUUCCUUGGAUCCUUAACAGAAAGAUUUGAAAAAUACCCUCUUCCACUGCAAAUUAUUAAGAAAUUACCAUCAGUUUACCCUGUAUAUGCGGCUAGCACUAAUGGUGAAAUUAAAUCUAGCUGGAAUGAAUUGCUUAUUAGAUUUGGAAACUAUAGUACUACAGAUCAAAUAGUCAAGGAUUUUGCAAAGUGGUUAGGAACAGUUGGUAGAAUGAAGUUUGUGAGACCUGGUUACAAAUUAUUGCAAAGCUAUGUUGACAAAGAAUUUGCCAUUGCCACAUUCACCAAAUAUGAAAGCAGCUAUCACCCCAUUUGUAAGACCAUGGUCAAGAAGGAUUUGGGCCUAAUUUAG